GCUGGUCACGUGAUUCGUUGACGUAAGGAAGAAACCGCGAUAUUUCAGUAUCAACAAGCGCUCGCUGUCUGGCUGUUUCGGAUUUUACGUUUUCUGUUGUAAUUUCCCCCCCCAGAAUUCCCUUGUCGUGACUCGAGUUUUGUCCUGAAACGAGGCUUACUGCGGUUAAACUAAGCCGCUCUGUUACCGGAAGUGGGUCACGGCUCUUCCUUUUGGGUUCCAAAGCAGUUCUGUUCUGUUCGGGCCCACGUUAACGGUCUAACGGACGAUGGUUCUGGUGAGAAACCUCCGUCCUCCUACCGAGGGAGUGCGCCACGAGGAAGCCAACACCACUGCGGUGCUGAGCGGGCAGCAGCUCGGCUGUGGCACGUUGUACGUCGCCGAAACGCGCCUGUCGUGGUUCGACGGCUCAGGGAUGGGCUUCUCCCUGGAAUACCCCUCCAUCAGUCUGCACGCCAUCUCCAGGGAUGUCAGCGCCUACCCCGAGGAGCAUCUCUACGUCAUGGUCAACGGAAAACUAGGCGGUGAGGGUGAAGCUGAGAUGACAGAGAAAGCAGCAGAAGAAGAAGAUGAUGAUGGUAGUGACAGCAGCAACGGUGACGAAGAGGAAGUGAUCACAGAAAUUCGAUUUGUUCCCAGAGACAAAGCUUCAUUGGAGUCCAUGUUCUCAGCCAUGUGCGAGUGCCAGGCGUUACAUCCAGACCCCGACGACGAAGACUCAGACAACGACUUCGAAGGAGAGGAGUACAAUGUGGAGGAAGCUGAAGCAGAGUACGGCCACGCGGACGUCCCCACCUUCUACACCUGCGACGAGGGCCUGUCCUCGCUGACGCAGGAGGGCCAGGCCACGCUGGAGAGGCUGGAGGGCAUGCUGGCUCAGUCUGUGGCUCAGCAGUACCACAUGGCCGGCGUGAGAACGGAAGAAACCAAGGCGGAAUUUGAAGACGGGAUGGAGGUGGAUGCUGCCGUGGCGGAGGCCGGUCAGUUUGAGGAUGCAGACGUGGAGCACUAGUCUCUUCCUCGUGGGUUUGGCCCUGCACUUCCUGAAGGCUCUCAUCUGCACUUCCCAUCAUGCUCUGCUCUCUAAACAGAGCAUUAGCAGCUUCAUUUGUGGCGUUUAGGCCGAGUAAACGCAGCACGUUGCUGACACAGUACAACUAUGCGGUCUAGUAACGGAGACGGAGGAAAGACGUGCAGAAAGCCUUUGUUUCUGUUUUGUACCUAACGAUCAUUUCACUGAUUUUCCUGUUUGGAAUCCAUCGUCUUUGUUAGCAGUUAUCAAUAAAUACUACGUUUUUGUAUGUCUUUGGAUUUCAUGCUUUAAAACAAGAGAAAAACUUCAUUUA